ACUGGCAUUGGUCGAAAGCCAAGGAGGCACUGCCGUCUUCAGUUGAGGCUAUUUGCCAUUCUCGUAGCGGGUUUGUUGCUUUGGUCCUUGCACCACCAACUAAGCAACUGGGAUGGCAUUGUGGAACCACAGCACCACUCGCAAACGAUGGCAGUGGAUGACAUUGUAGCGUAUACCAGACGCUGGUUGGAAUUUGGUUACAAUGCCUGGUUGGCUGAGCGGAUUCCACUGCGGCGGGAGUUGCCGGAUGUGCGAGAUAGACGCUGCCUGAAUAUCAGCUAUGAGCAUGUGAUGCAGGGGGAGCCUGGCGUGUCCCUAAUUGUGAUCUUUCGGAACGAGCAGCUGGCAAUGUUGCUGAGAACGCUGCACAGUUUGCGGGACAGAACAGACCCGGAGUUUGUUGGUGAGCUUCUGGUGAUAAACGAUAACAGCGAUAUGGGAAUCUGGACAGAGGAGCUAUCCAGGCAUGCCUUCGAUGCGUAUGUGUGGCAACAUAUCCGCAGCUCAGCAAAAAUCUUUCAUAUGGAAGAGCAGAUGGGCUUGGUGAGAGCUCGCAGAUUUGCCGCGAGCAUGUCCGAGUUCGAAAUACUCGUCUUUCUGGACGCGCACGUGGAGGUCAACGAGGGUUGGCUGGAGCCACUGCUGGAAGUGAUUAUCACAGAUCCCUACUCAGUCGCGUGUCCGCAGCUGGAUCUGCUGGAUGAACAGACGCUGAACUAUGUGCGUACUGUGGAGCGACGCAGCCUCUUCGACUGGACCUUGAGGCGGCGUGAGGUGCCGCUGCUGUGGCACCAACUGAAGGAGUUGCCACACCCCUUUGCCACGCCUGUGCUACACACUCCGGUUUUUGCCAUUGAUGCAGAAUGGUUCAAUUAUAUAGCGCAUUUCGAUAUGGAACUGAAUUCACCUGCUGCCUUUGAGUUGGAGCUGAGCUUCAAGAUCUGGCGAUCUAACAAUCGCAUCCUCCAAGUGCCCUGCUCCCGUGUGGGGCAUCUUCAGCCCAGCGAUCUCAACUACAUGCAGCGCUAUGGGAAUCUCAAUCAAUUUGCCGAGCAGCAUUUUAGCAGCUGUAAGCGCCUGGUGGAAACCUGGUUAAAUGUGCCCAAGUACAAGUCUGUGGUCUAUCAAUACCAGCCACAAAUCCAGCAAGCUCACAUUGGCAACGUUUCCGAAGUGAACGGCACUUUUGAGAAAGUCCAUUUCGAGUCCUUCGAUUGGUAUUUGGAGCAUGUGGCAACCGAUUUGUUGCACCAUUUUCCCUUGCAGCCUCUCAUUGACUUUGCCAACGGCACUCUGCGUCCUAUUCAACUGCCCAGUCACUGUCUGACGGGCUACUUGACCACCCGUCUCAUUACCCUGGAGGCCUGUGAACCCCUCCUGCAUGCAACUCAAAACUGGACACUUACCUACAUGAACGAUCUGCGACUGGGCGACAAUUACUGUGUUGAGGUGCAACCCAAUCAAGUGCUGGCCCUGAAUCCGUGUCAUACUCUUGGGGGUCGUCAAAAAUGGCACUUUGACAUACACGACAAUUGUUUGGUUAGUAAUACCCACUGCUUGGAAUUUGGGGCUCAGAUGCAACUAAUGGUAAGGACGUGCAACUCUAUUAAUAGCCAACAAAUGUGGUUCUUUGAGCAUAUAAACAGCUUAAGCCAGGGACCUUUACAAAUAUAAUUUUAUAAUUUAAAUUAAAAUUGUAUUAAU